GAGUGAUACUGUGUCGCUGUUUGAGACCGAUACUCUUGCCCAUGUGCCCGUACCCCUGCCCAGCACAAGGACAGCCAGUGCAACCCCCAAUACAACAAACGCCCCACCAAACACCAGCAGUACCUCAGACCCCACACACCCCCCGGCCCACGCCUCUCAGUCGUUGGACAACUCAACCGUGUCUCUACCGGCAAACGCGCUGGAUGAAGCCAAGAAACUCAACGAGUCACACGCACAGCUGACCAGCUCAUAUCCACGUGCACACGUACACGCACACAGGGCGUCUGCGGGGGGGUUGGUGGCGAGUAUUAGUGCUGGAGCGAUCACUACCACAGCAAGACAGCCCAUGGGACACAGCCCGA